AUGCUGGCAAGAGGAUUGGUGUUCGUUUCAGCUGUUUUGAGGGCAGAUGCUUCUGCUACGUCCAUCCAGUGGGCCGUGAAAGAGCAGUUCUCCAGCAGCGAAUGCACUAUGAACAACUUGACCGAACACACCGUGCUGGGGCGCAUCGGAACAGUAGCCAUGGGCCUCGGUUGUGGAGGUGCCAAUGGCGCUGCCGGGAAAAACUACGUUGUCGAGGGUACGGAACUGAUGGAAUAUACACACUACAAUGUUUCAGCCGAAUGCUCCGAUACAGCCAACGCCAACACAACCACGACGCUGGACCAGUGCGUGGAAUCUAGCACAGGUGUGUACGAGAAGGUGAAGUUGGUGACAGCUCCUGGGACCCUCACGAUCAUCUACGAUGUGGGCGAUGAGAACUGUUCUGGUGCACCCAUCUCUACUUCCCUGAGUCCUAUGCUCUGCGUUGCCUCGAAUGCCGUCGCCGGAUUCCUCAGCCGGUUGCCGUCGUGUUACGGAGAGAAGCAGCUCCAGUGCUACUACAGCAACAGCGACUGUACCGGCAGCCAGAUGUGCUCCCCCUCCAGCGAUUUGAAGUCGUGCUCUGCAUCCGGCGGAGGGCGAUAUACGAUGACCUCUGUUCUUGGCUCCGACGAUGAAGUUGCAGAGUUGUGCACUACCACCACAACGACCGCAUUUGCAGGGAUUUCAGGGAACAUCAGCAUCUACACGGACGGCGGCUGUUCAGUGCUUGAUGGGACACACUCCAUCGAGCUGGGUCCCUGCACAAUGACCGGCUCGACCAGCUCGCAAGACUUCACUUGCAUGGAAGGGUCCAUCGCUUACAAUGUGUACAGCACGAAUGACUGCACUGGUGAGGCAACGACGCAGGUCCUUGAGCAGGGCCCCUGCAUCCCAAUGGACAAUGGCACGUCAUCUUGGCUCGUUGCUUUCCCCGAAUGCACCGGAACCGCAAGCUCGUCAGCAGCAGUGCACUUGAAUGUUGGAUUCAUGAUUCUCAGCUUGCUGACUUGCCGCUACCUCUGCUGA